UUUUCUUGAUUUGCAGGUACCUUUUGAAUGAGGGUGAAAGGUAGAAUGUCAUCUGCAAAUUCUAGUGUAGGUAAUAACAAUCAAAUUCAUGGACAAACCAUGAGACCAACUGGUGCUCCAGUGAGGAAUCUGCAACUUCAUGUAUCUCAGCAGGAUGGGACCUAUCCCCAGGUCCUCAGGCAUUGUCUCAGUCAUUCAGGUGAACAGGGUUCAGGUGAUGUGGAUCAUGGGAAUGGGAGAGAAGGCCCAGCCAUUCCCCAUCGAACUCCCAAUUGUGAAAGGGACCUUCCUGGCAACGUUGCUGAGAUCCCAGCAUCUGCAGCAAGCAGCCGGAAUGUGACUCAUGUCAUGAUUACGCGUGAGAAUGAGGGAAUUGAAAUUCAGCAAGUUGUUCAAGAUCAUCUUCAGAAUGAAAAUGAGGAUGCUGCAUGGAAUGAUGUCCAGCCAGGAAAUGGUUCCUUACCAACGAGCCCUUUACAGCAGAAUGCCACUUACUCCCUCCUCUUCUCAUCAGCUUCAUUGUCAACUCGGGACCUCAACUGGCAGGCCAAGAAGCAUAGCCUAAGAGAACGUAAUGCUGCCAUGUUUAACAAUGAACUCAUGUCUGACAUUCGAUUCUUGGUUGGGCCCCAAGGAAAUGCUCAGAAAAUUCCAGCCCAUAAGUAUGUCUUAGCAACAGGGAGUUCUGUAUUCUAUGCCAUGUUUUAUGGAGGACUUGCUGAAAGUGAAGAUGAAAUCAAAGUUCCUGAUGUGGAGCCACCUGCAUUCCUAAUUCUUCUCAAAUAUUUGUACACAGAUGAAGUGCAUCUGGAAGCAGACACUGUGCUAGCCACUUUAUAUGCAGCCAAGAAAUACAUCGUCCCGUAUCUAGCAAGAGCUUGUGUGAAUUUUUUAGAGACUAGUCUCACUGCCAAGAAUGCCUGUCUCUUAUUGAGUCAGUCAAGACUUUUUGAUGAACCAGAGCUCAUGCAACGGUGCUGGGAAGUCAUCGAUGCUCAAGCAGAGAUGGCCCUGAAAUCAGAUGGCUUUGUGGAAGUGGACUACCCCACAUUGGAAUCUGUGCUUCUUCGAGAGACAUUGAACUGCAAAGAAUACGUUGUCUUUGAGGCUUCUAUGAAUUGGGCUGGGGCAGAAUGCAUUCGUCGGGACCUGGAACCAACAUCUGCCAAUAAGCGGAAUGUCCUGGGUCCUGCCCUCUACCACAUUCGAGUUCCAACUAUGAGUCUCGAGGAGUAUGCUAAUGGUGCUGCCCAGUCUGGUACUCUCACUCUUGAAGAGAGCAAUGAUGUCUUUCUCUACUUCACUGCUGUCAACAAGCCAGACAUUCGGUUUGAUUGUCAUCCAAGAGCUGGUCUGAAAUCACAGGUGUGCCAUCGUUUCCAGUCCUGUGCAUAUCGAAGCAACCAAUGGCGAUACCGGGGCCGCUGUGACAGUAUCCAGUUUUCUGUUGACAAGCGCAUCUUUGUCGUUGGGUUUGGUCUGUAUGGCUCUUCCAAUGGAGCUGCAGAGUACAGUGUAAAGAUCGAACUGAAACGCUUGGGACGGAUUCUUGCCGAGAACAACACCAGGUUCUUCUCAGAUGGCUCCAGCAACACCUUCCAUGUGCGGUUCCAGCACCCAAUUCAAGUGGAAGCAGACACAUUCUACACUGCUUCUGCCAUCCUAGAUGGCAAUGAGCUAAGCUACUUUGGUCAGGAGGGGAUGAGUGAAGUCCCAACAGGGAUGGUGACCUUCCAGUUCCAGUGUUCUUCUGACAGUACUAAUGGGACUGGGGUACAAGGGGGACAGAUCCCAGAACUAAUCUUUUAUGGACCCACUCCUGAAGUCCUCUAAGGAAGAAUGAGAAGAGGAAGGAAGUCAAUGCCAAAAUGAAUAUCAAAGGCUGGAACCCUGCUUGUUUUCUCUCAUUUUGGUCAUGUUGUGGCUGCAGAGGAACCACUGUACCAGGCAGUACAGGGUGUAGUCCAAGCAAGGAUAAGCCUAAUGCUUUUCAACAAGGCAUCCAUGCAGUUCCAAACAUGCUACCAAUAAUUUCCUCAAUCUGUAUGAUUUUCUUGUAGUCAGAUCUGGCCCUUAAGAUAUUCUCUGUGAUGAUGCAUAAUUUUUUGCUUACCCACUGCCCAUUCUUGAUGAAUCUCGGGUCUUAGGAUCUUUUUUUUUUUCUUUCUGAGAAAAAAAUCCCUGUAUCAUUUUCCAAAAUAUGAAACUUUGCACAUAUUUAUUUUCCAGUGUUUGCAAGUCCACUACUGUAAAUUUGCCUCAGUUUUUGGUAUGAUAUUCCAGCAAUAGGAAAUGUUCCUCAGAAAAAGCAAAUGGAUUGUUGCCACUGAUGUGAUAAAUAGUCUUCUUGUAUGUGAUGUAUGAAGAGGCAGUAGUUUUAGAAAAAGUUCCCUUAAGUCAAGCUAAUUUUUAAAGUGCCAUGGGACCUGUUAUAUCCUUGUGCUAGAUGUCAAGAGUCCUGUGAUUGAAGUCUUCAGCAACAGCUGCAAGAAUAUGUAGAGUUCUGAUACCAAACUAGUGGCAUUGGCAAUGUCCAUGCUGGCCAGUAUUCAGCCCAUGUGAACAGAGGCAGAAUUGGGAGCCCCUUGGGAUCGACCCACCCCAGUGUGAUUGCAUCCAAAUCAUCAUGAGGGAGCUGGGACUGGUCUGGCUUCUUUAGCUUUAUUUUUAUCUUCUGUCAGACCAGAUAUCCAGCAAUUGUCAUGUAGGGAAAAUAUUGAGUGACAUUCCUCGAUCUUGGAGGAUGCAUCUCUGUGAAUAAAUCCAUUGUCC